UGGACCGUUUGCAGCAAAAGGUUUGUAAGGACGCUAUUGUGCUUUGUGCGACUCAUUCUCAGCGAUGGCCAUGAGGCCUCUGACUAUGAGAGCAGGAUUGUGCCCACUCCUUCGAUCUCGAGUAAUCCAGUUCCUCGUUCGAUCUUCUCGGGUCCUCCAAGUCUCGCCCAUGGUCAAGUACUCGGCAUUAACACUGUUUGCGGACCGCUUUUACCCUGCUCUUUCCAGUCUUGAAGAUGGCAAGGGCACUGAAAACUGGCUUCUGCAUCCAAUUGGAGAAAGCAAUUUACAGCUGUUUGCUCUUGUUUCUUUGUGGGUCACUAGCAAAAUACAUGAUACACCUCCCCUAUCAGUGAAAAGCUUGAAAUCGCUGUCGGAUAAGAAUAUAAAGGAACAACAUUACACAAACGGGGAUCUGUUGGAAGCUUUUGUCGAGAAGGUUCUGAAAUUUGGGAUUGGCACAUCAAAUAUUGCUUUUGUAUUGGUUGAAGAGCUUAUCGCUCAAUUGACUGUUGUUGCUCGCGUUGGUGAACAUGUGAAAUUUGAAGCUUGUAUGGAGGUUAUGGAUUUGCUUUAUGAGUGUGAAGAGAUGACAUCACUUCUUCACAGCUCUCCCCAGGCUCUAGCUGCAUCAAUAGUGGUUGUUGCUUAUGUUAUUACAGUACCAUUGCAGAUGUGGGAGUUUCCGGUCGUGCCUUGGGUCAUGUUUGUUAGCUCGUGCAAAGAAAAGGAGCUCCUGGACCGCAUCAAAAUCAUUCUGAAGCAUAUAUUCGAGCAUUGAGCUGAUUAGAGACAACGAACAUGAACCAUAGGUCCACCAAUCAACUAUUGUGGCAAAAUCAGUUCUUUUGUCCUUUAAGUAGGCCUAUUUGAAAAUUUCAUCCACUUUUCUUCUUGAACUCUGAUUCGGACCUUUAAAUGUGGAACAAAUCGCCAUGCAACAAUCUAACACAGGACAUAUCAUGGAUCGUUGUUUUUCUUUUCAUUCGACAUUGAUGUAUACUGGAUAUUAGUUGCCUGACGAGCUUUUAAGGCUGGAGACAGGUUCUCAUUUCGAAUUACUGCUAUUUCAGACAUGCGUUAAAUGCAUCCAACCAUUCUUGAUUGUUGCAAGUUGGCUAAGUUUACUUACUGAAAAUCCUAAGUGGUUUUUAUCACCCGACUUGUUUACUUUAGCUAUUGGCUGCUAGUCUUUGAUUCGUCUGUCAUCCACCAUCUCUUGUAGACUCCAUGGGUAGUGGUCUUGACCUAACUCUGCUAUGUUCUAAA